AUGCAGUUUGCUAUCGGAGGCCUCCCUUCUCCUCAUGCUGGCCAUGAAAGGCCACUACCAGAGAUGAACAUGCCGAGUCCAGCAGGAAGAGAGCAUCUUUUUCCACUUCCUAAGUACAAUGAAACAAGGAUUCGAGAAGUUGGCACUCCAGGUCCUUUUGAGAAGUCAAUCAGCCAUGCCCAUAAUGAAAUGAAUAGCAUAACAAGCAAGGGAAAAUCUGUGAGAAAUGCUACUUUUCGUGAAGUUAACAAGGCAGCAGAAGAGAUCAUCACUUCCUUGUCAGAAAAAGAUCGCUUUGUUGGUCUGGAGAAGGUAAAAGCUGCCCUGUGCAAAGAAUUUGGAAAAACAAGUCUUUCUGCUUUUGGUUUCAGAACAGAGAGAGAUAUUCCUGCCCUGAAGGAGCUAAUUGAAAAGCAGGCUAAAGUGAGUUAAAUUUUAUGUAAAGUAGUCACGUUUGGAAGAUCCCAUCCCUUUUUCAGUUCUUUUUAUGCAGGACAUGAUUACAAGAAUGUUUGCUUAAUUGCAUGUUCAGUACCAGUUCUUGUCCAUUUUUCAGAGUUUUGAAGUCCCUGACCUUGGUAUGGUUCUGUUGUUCUGUAUUGCAAUCUGUUGACACAACAUUUUAAAGAAGUGGCAUAUUGAGAAAACUAUGACCACCUAAAAUAUUUUGGCUAUAACAUUCUUGCAUUAUAUCCACUCAUGGUUCAAAUCAGGGAAAGGCAUUUAUUUGACCACAAAACCAAAAACUAAUCAUGGUAAAAAUGCUGCUUUCAGUUCAGUUACCUCACGUCCUAUUGGUUCCUUCCUCUAACACAAUGUUUAAUUGACACGACAAUGAUAGAUUAGUAGAAGCAAAAAAGUCACAUUCAAUUUAUCUGAUCUAUUUUAUCUGUGUGAAUCCCGAAGGUCAACUUAUUCGUCCAUGCGUACGUCAUGUCAAACAGCAUCUCCACUUUGUACGAAUUGAACCAAAGCCUUUCUGAUUUGUUUUUAAAAUCAGACUUCGAGGAGCUCAAUUUGGGUCCUCUUUUGAAACAGCCUGUGGUGUAUGACAUGUUUAAGGCUCCUCAAGGUCUUCCCCAGGUACCUCACGUGACAACUAUUCAGAUUUUGAAGCACUUGGAGAACUACAUGGACAAGGAAGAUCUGUGGCGCAAGAAAGUUGAUUUAGAGAAAUUCAUGGAGUACCUCUCUGAAGAGUAUCAGUGUGGCACUCCUUUUGAACUUGGCGUCCGGAUACAGAGCAUUGGACUGGCUAUCUCGGUAAUGUUACUCAAUAUUUUGCUUUACGUUCCUUUAUUUUAAGCUCAAGAUCAAGUCUAACAAAGUGCGCGCGUUAUUUGACCUUUCAAAAUCAUUAUUAUACGUCUCUGGGUUGGCCCAAAGGGAAGUAAAGCAUCAGUGAACGAGCACCCUUGAUAUCCUUCAGCGACCUCAUUUUGAUUAAUCAAUAUGGGCUUUUUAUUUGUUUUAACUAAUUUUUUAGGUGAUUAAAAAAGCCAAACGUUGCGAGAGCGAGAAGUGGAAAGAUAUCAGAGAACAGGUGUCAGCUGACAUGGACGAAGAAAUCCAGAGACGCUUGCAAAAAAUCAAGAAAGAUCUUCUUGGACAAGAUCAUGGCGACUCAAGGAGCUGUGUCAAGAAAUUUCUCGACACAUCCCCAUCAGACGCCCUGAAGGCGGUGUUCAAUUGCUGCUUGGAGAUGUUUGAUGGCAGUCGUGAAAAAAGGAUCACUCAGUUCCUAACCACAGUUAUUGAGGAUUCGCUCGGGAGGCAAUUAUUUCAGCUUGCACUCUAUAUGAGUUGUAAGCGUCUGUUGGGAGACGCCUUGGAAAACCUGGUUAAUGAGAGAGUGAAGACAGAGCUCGAGGCAGCCGCCAACCUGGCAAGUCACACGGAGACAGACACAGGGCCAGAUCCACCAAGCGAAGGUUUGAUAUUUUUUGUUUUAGUUUAUUUUGGGGAAAACAUUCUGAAACCACCAGGCUGGAUUUCGAGCUAAGAGCGUGCUGUACUUCCACGCUGUAUAAGGAACUUAUCGCGCUAUUGAGGAAACUACAGUACCACUCGCGUAUACGUUAACAAAAUAACGCGAAUAAAACGCGCCAAAAAUCGCAUGCAAUUGCGAAUUUAAACAAAUCGUGUGCGUCAAAAAAUCGCACGUGCGCGCAUAAACUUGAUACAUCUGCCUCGUUAGUAUGUUUGAAGUAGUCUUUUUGUUUUCCUAUUGUUUUCCUAGCUGGCGGUUUAUCGUUUUAAAGAAUAAACUACAAUGUGAUAGCACGGUUUACCAACGACAAGCAAACUUGUUCGUUUCAAUCACCGUUCGAACCGACCUUCCCGAUAUGCUGUUACUAAUGCGACUUCGUAAUUGGAAUAUUUAAAUUCCGACGGAAUUCUUAUAUCAAAAUAACUAUUUCUUACUUCGUAUAAAAAAAUCCGUCACAAGGGUUUGGAAUUUGUUCAAAAUAAAUUUAUUCACUGUGUAUCGUAAUUCGGUAGAAUUAGCUAAGCCGCCCUUUUGUAACCCGUUGUCGCGUUCUGAAUGUAAACACACGCGUGAAUGCUUAUUUCAUAGCUUUUGUCAUCGGUGAACAUGCUGUUCUCGAAAACUGGUGCAUUCAUCCCGCCAUUUAUACAAGAACUAAUAAGUUCUAAUCGCUUAUUUUGAUGGUCUUUAUAGAUAGUUCAUAGAUAGUUCAUUUUAAUAAUUUUUCAUCGUUUGAUAUGUGUGUGAUAGGAAUUAUUGUCAAAGAAGUAAAUGAGUGGUUGAAUAAGGCGGAGCACACUGACCUAGCGACGCUAGCCAGAAUUGAGGAAAAUGUCAUGAACAGAUAUUCAGAAUUUGAUGGUUUUGAAGCGUUCGGUUAUGGUUCCUUCCUGAAGUUCUUGAUGAAACACAAAGCGCUGCGUGAAGCCAUAGCUGAGGUUGGUGGAAUUGCUUCGUCUGGCAAAAGAGGAACCGGGCUUGGACUUCGAGUGUCACUUGAUAGUGUGCUAGAUUUUAUAUCUCAGUGCGGAACUGAACCAUCUCCGGUAAGUAAAAAUUACAAUUUUAUUAAUUCCAGCGUUUAAAUAUGAAAUAACACGAACAAAAGCAAUCUCAAAGCGGAGGAAUACUGUAAUUCGUGUCUUGUGGUAACAGAUCUUAGAAAAUCGUAUGGAAAAAUCUUCGGCUUACUUUAUUCGCUGUAAAUAAACUUACAUCGGUACCAACCAGCAGCUUAAGGGAUCUUAAUUCGUUCACUUAACACAUAACCACAUAUUAAGAUCAAAAUUUCAAAAUGUACGUUACGUUUACGGAGACUAUUGGUCACAUUUACCCUUUACAAUCCAACAUCAGUAUGCACAUUCUCCGCACUGUUUUGAAACGAUUUUUACAUGUACUGUAUGAUACUGACAAGUUGUACUGACCUAUAGUUCGUAGUAGUAUCGUUUUUUUUUUCUCAUGACUUUAAUAUUAGAUCAAGAAGUGAUAUUUUUUGGCGACAUUAGCAGCUUGUCAUUCUAAGGGGUAAAAGGUUUAAUUUAAUGGACGGUGAUUUUCAUCAAGUUUGAACGUAAGCCUAUCCUGUUGAGUGAGCUCACUUCUUUUGCCUUUUGUUUAGGAGUCCAUACAACAGUACUUGUGUGAUUACUACAAUGUCAGUAAAGUGACGGAUCUCGGAUUUGGGUCCGCUGCGAAUUUGGUGAAAAAAGCUGCAGAGCGAAAGAAGAACUUAGUAGGGGCGAACAUUCCUUCGAUUGUUUACGAAGCUGCUCUUUUGCGUCGCAGCUCUGGAGUGGGAGAUACGGAUGGCACCAGCCUAAGCACGCGUAGCGGUGGUGUUCUGGGUUUUAAGAGUAAAGAAGAAGCUUUAGAAGCUAUAAAAAGCACUCCCCUCCUCGAAGAUGUUUCCCUCUGGACUCACUGGGAUGAGGUUUUCGGUGGAGAGGUCUCUAAACUUGGCGACCUAAAGUCAUUUUUGGAAAAUGAAGGGAUUCUUUUGAGUACCAGAAAGACAUCUUCCAAAAGUCGAAACCUUCUGGUUGUCAUGGAAACAUCUCCUGGUGUUCUUCUGCGAGUCACUAUGGACACAUCGCCGGACAUGUUUAGAGAAUGCACGCGUCACCGAGAUGUGAUAGGAGCGACUGGGCAUUUGGUUUCCAUGGUAAUGAUGAAUGGCGGUGUUUCUAACACCCCAGUGGCUCUUUUAGCCAAUCAUGUACAAUCGUCAUUAGUAUCAAUGGGAGUUGACGACAGAAGUGACUGCGAUCAUCGAUCUACUUUUGUUCUUAAAUGUUUGACCCGUAUGCCACUCAGAUUAGCACGGGCAGUUGGAGCAAAGGUGUGUAUUAGUACUUACGUAGAUCGUCGGCUAACCUUUUGUAUGAACUCAGACUAGCGUCAAGAGCGCGUCCUGCUCUUCCUCUCCCAGUCUUCCGGAUCAUCGUAAAUGUUGCCCUUAUUAGCUUCAAAACAUGGCUACUUUAGUGCCGUAACGGACUUGGUUAGGAAUGCUUUUGUCAACUCAGUAAUAUAAGAUGGACUGAAAGCGUCAAGCAUAGGGCUUCCUUUUGGUUUUAGGCUACCGCUAAGAGGAGCAUCAGCGUACAGGAGGCUUGAAACAAGCAUUAAUUAUAAUCACUGUUAUGCGAAAGAUACGAUGUUUUUGCCAUUAAAAAAAACAUUUUGAAGUGCGAAGAUAACCGGCGCUCUAAAGGCUUUUGCUUUUUUAGCAACUGAGUUGAUAAUACAAAUUGGCCACCAUAGAGAGGUUAUGAAGCUAACGUUGCGAACGUUAGCCUUUCGUCAGAAUGAACAGAAGAAUUGUGACUUAUGUGCCGUUUCAAUACAGGAAUAUGGGGCUACACCAAGGCUUGUCAUGAAGUCUCUCAUGUAGUCUGUGAAUGGGUUACUCAAGUACUUUGAUUCGCAAUAUUUCUUCGUUGUUAGACUGAAAAUUUGGCCUUUUUUUCCCAUAGUUCAUUCUAACCACCAGUCUCUGUUGUCUAGGUUUUCUUUGAGCCUCUCAAAAAGUUAGUUGGCGCAACCGAGAUAGCAUCCUUGCUGCUUAGAAGCUGCUUUACCCAGUCUCAACGUGACCGUCUUCACCUCCUGGGAUUUGUCCUGGGGAUAGGUGAGUGGAGAGAUGACUUUCUCAGCAGAGUUGCGUGCAAAAGAGAGGAAGACGAAGGCUUGGUCUUCGGUAGUUACAGUGAUGACGAACAAAAGAGACCGAUUGCUGUUGUCAAGCCUGUUGCGGCUCAUAUUUCGUCAACGUUGCAGACAGAGGUGUGUAGACUGAAAUUUCCUUUGAUCUUUUUUGAAGCGUAUGAAGAUUGUGAAACAUAGCUGUUGGAAUUGCCCCCUUUUGGUACCUCUUAUAUAAUCUUUUUUGUGUUGUAUGAUCUUAGAAUGGCCUUUCCUGGUGUAAUGACUAUGGUAACAGCUAAUUUUUUUUCAGACUUCCACGGAAAGUGAACCAGAGGGCGAUAUAGCAGUUUCUCAAGAUCAGGAAAACUUUGCUGAGAAGGCUGGAGACGAAGGUAUUUUUUGCAGGCCUUUAUUCCUUCUUUGCUUCCUUUAUACCUCCUAGUUUUCCUUUUAUCUUUUGCGUUCUUUAUUCCUCGCUCAUUGUCUACUUAAUCUAUAAUUUCUGCUGAGUACUUUUAUUUUCGGACAUUCUAUUCCUCUUUCCGGCCCAGUAGCCAAACCCUUCACAUCAUGAUGAUGUGACCUUGAUCCAUAAUCCUAAAUUUUGUCGCCUUUUUUUUCCCAAUCUUAACAGUUACAUCGAGCACUCAGGAUGAAUUUCCAGAAGUACCUCCCACUCCUUGUGCUCCUCCCACUCAGCAAGAAGAUGAGUGCAAAGCAGUAAUCGAUCAAAUUCGCCGAGAUGACUUUGGAAUCGGUAUUGAGCUCGGAGAAGAGGAGUCCAAACUUGUCCAGCGACAGCGCGAAAGAGAGGGUCGUGGCUUAGCACGUCUGUCCAGUGAGCUCUACUCUAGGGACACCCACUUUGUGUUGGAGCUCGUUCAGAAUGCAGACGAUAAUUCCUACCCAGAGGUGUGCUCUGACCCAGGAUUUCCGUCCCUUUUGUUCGUCCUCGAGCGGGACAGGAUCGUGAUACUGAACAACGAGAUUGGAUUUGAGGAGAAGAAUAUCCGUGCGUUGUGUGAUGUCGGAAGAAGUACCAAAGGGAAACAUCGUUAUGGCUACAUUGGUAAGUGGGUACAUAUGAGUCUUGCAUUAUAAAAUUAAUUUCACCCAAUCCAGCAAUGAAAAUUAAUUCUCAUCCAGUUUGCGCACACAAAAAGUUACAAGGAUAUGACUGCAGAUUAAUUAAAUUGAGGAUCAACGCUUAUCUACGCUAAAGUUUUCCUAGAGGAAUGUUUCCACCUGAAAACCUUUCUUUUGAUUUUGCGUACAAAAUAGCUUGAAAUUUCAAAGUCACAAAAAACUACAGAUUUAGUUACGGAUUUAAUUUAUGCCUAUUUAAACGCAAGGUUUUCCUAAAGGAAAGCGUUCGCGUGUAAAUGUGUAACGCAGAGUCUCAGUACUUACACACGAUAUACUUUUAGAACACCUUUCUGUUGGGUCAGCAUUAUGAUCUACAACAUGGAAUGAUAGAAAUUUACUAUAGAUGUUCAUUGUUCUGCGCAAUUUAAGGACAAAAAGGUAUUGGUUUCAAGUCAGUCUUUCGGGUUACUGAUUGCCCCGAAGUCCAUUCCAAUGGAUAUCAUAUUCGAUUUGACGCUAAAAGCGGGCCGAUUGGUUACAUUCUUCCUGAGUGGAUUGGAGGGAAUUGUUCGGAGGAAAAAACCAUGGAGGAUUUGGGAGACGAAUCUAAUGAUGAUGAGGAAGGAGAUAAUGGCGGUGGAGUAAGCAGCUCCGGGGAUGAAUUUAGCUGGUGAGUUGAGACUUUUAUACUCCUUCCGACAGGAGAAUCCUUGGUGAAUUGUCACGCACAGAAACAAGUGUCUAAACUGUGCAUGUUUUCAAAAUGAAUUGUUUCAGGAGAGAUUUAAACAAGACCUUCAACUUAAGUCUUGGUGCCACUCGAACGCUUUGCAAACUCAUUAUUUUGUUUGCUUGUUACAUGGUUUAUUCAAAAUGCUUUCUUAUUCCUCCUUUUUCCCCUGUAGCUGGCCGACUCGCAUAGUCCUGCCAUUAAAUGAUGAACAUCGACAGAACGAGAAGUCCUCUCUGGCGCCCAGGUUUCACGAUAUUCGUCCCUCACUCUUGCUAUUCUUGCAUCGUUUGCGAGGAAUCUUUAUUCAAGACAAGGUGGAUUUCAACUCUGUGUCAGCAAAUUAAAGUACUCAUUCUUCAGCAGGUUUCUAUACAAAAAUAGGCAAUUAAGACUCCAGACAAAAACUCGUAAUUAGUAUUGACUCUCAACGAUGCAAUAUUAAUUUUGGUGAAUUUCAGUUCUCCUUUUGCUCCUUAUCGUUGUUGUUGGUGGUAUUCUUAUUCAUAGCAGCAGCAAGUGCCAUGAACACCAUCAAAUAUCGAACCACACAAUUGUCAGAUAACAUUCUAAAUUGUAAAAGGUAAAACUCGCCUCUGCUAAUUCUUCUUCCUUUCAAUGCAACAGUUUUCCUGUUCGAACCAGUCAGUUUAUUUUUGGCUCUCUGAACGGAUUGAAAUCUGAGCCAUUUCCAUAUUUCUCAAUCUGAUCACGAAGUUGCCAAGAUCAAAACUUUAUGCCCUCUACAUUUGCGGCUUUUACUACUUGGCUGAAAUUGCCGAAUAUCGCCUAACCUUUCAACUUUUCUCCAGGUACAUAACAGUCGCAGUGAAAUGAUAAGGAAGGACCUGGGAGAUAAUAUCAUGGAAAUCAAGCACACCAAAGGCACAGAUCGGUGGCUUGUUAUCAAGAAACAGCUUGAUGCUUCAAAUGUAAGAUGAAAGCUUGCGAUUAUCUUAAAAGUACAAAUGUAUUGUCGUUUUACUGCUGAUAAGGCCGGCAAUCAAAGUUUGUUAUCAUUAAAAUCAUUGAUAUGUAAGUGUUGCCAGGGACGAUUGCAAGUACUUGUGCAUCACACCGUCUUCAUAUUUAUUUAUAAGGCAUUUGUACGAAUUUUUCGUUUGUUUAGUUUUAUUGCCGUCAUCUCUCAUUCUACACUGAUUUGAUCGUUUAAGAUUUUAAUCGGGUUUUGUGAAAAGCAUAUUGCCAAAGCCGGACUUCUUAUUUUAAUUGCUUUUGUCACUUAAAUUCAAUUCAGAUGAAAGAGGAUGUAGAGAUGACUGAGCUGGCGCUAGCUUUCCCUUUGUUUGAUGGCUUAGGCAGUACUUCAAGUCUACGGAUUAGGCAUCAGGUAAAGUUUACCAUAUCACACUUCAGUUCUUGGCCUGUUUUAAUGUUUCCUGAAAAUGAUAAGGAGUGAGAGCCAAGCGAAAAGGGUUUUCUGGAAUCCCCUGGAAUAAAAUCACAUGAGAAGAAAUGUAUAUCUCUUACAAAACCUGUUGAAAUUAAUCUACAUUAUACACCUGCAAAAAAUACGAAAAUAUUUUCCUCUCGAAGAGCUUAUCUUCCCCAAUUUAAUGUUGCUUGAAAUGUUUGAAAAAUUAUAAAAUUGUAGUUGUAAAACACGUAAGCAACAUAUGCAACAUUGACUGAGGGGUGGGGGAGGGAAGUGUCUUGUCUUCAUAGGGACAAAGACAAGGGCAAUAGAAUCUGGCAAAUUUGCGCGCUUAAAGUAGCACAAUGGAUCUAGCUCAUCUGUUCUCUCUAUAUCCCUUGCAACAAAGGAAUAUAAAAUAUGCCCAAGUACAUGUAUACCUGGGCAAAUUUCGUGAUCUUCUAAGAGUAAAAUGAAAACAACGAAUGGCACUCUAGCAAGUUUUUGUAUAUAGAGAUAUAUAUAUGUAUACUCUGUAACUAUGUGAAUAUUUACUUUUAUCGGCAACACGGUUACCUAACGGUUAGCCGUUGGAGGUAACCUUGCGAUGAACUUGCAUCUCAUCCAGGUAUAGUAACGAUACCCCUAGACGUCUAAUGUCACGGGAACCAGUAUAAGCUCCAGCGCGAUGGGUUACUUGGUUUGAGUGUAUACGUUAGGCAGCUUUUACUUUUAUCAGGGGAAGGCAGGCUUAGAAUGUAUUUUACUUUAUAUCUUCUACAGAACCUCCCGCCACAGAAUGUGUUUGCGUAUCUUCCCCUGAGAAGUUAUGGUUUUCGAUUCAUCAUUCAAGGUGACUUUGAGGUUCCUUCCUCGAGAGAGGAUGUUGACAGUGACAAAUCCUGGAACCAGUGGCUAAGGGAAGAGAUUCCACAACUGUUUAUUGACGCUCUUUCGGUGUUCAUGGUAGGAAGACGUGUAGUUGUUCUAAUCAGUCAUUUUGUUUCUAGCUUCAAACCCUCUAAAUUAAGGAACCAAAUCUUAAGAUUUUGAAAUUUUAGGACUCAAACUUCAAAGUAAUUUAAAUAUUUCUUUCUCUAAAGGUUCACCCAUCCUUUUCCGGCCUCUCCUCGGUGGUUUCGUAUCUCCAAUUUGUACCGCUUGAAGAGGAAAUCCUCGACUUCUUCUCGCCUGUUGCACGCCAUAUUUUAAAACUUCUUCAAAGCAAGUGUUGUAUACCUGUUAUCGUGUCCAGAAACGAAACUGAGGAACCGACCGAAGCUGAUAAUGGAAAGAGCUACAAUUGGGUUCUCCCCACUGAGGCUAUUUUUUCCGAAGACAGCGUCAUACAGGAGCUUAUAACUCCUUCCCUUUUGAAGGAGCACUUAGGGUUGAACUACCUUCACCCUGAAAUUGUUCCAGCCCUAAAUCCCACCCUUAGAUCCCGUCUCGGAAUCGAGACUUUGUCCAGCAGGCACUUGAUGGACAUUGGCAGAGCGGAGGUGAAAAAGGCUUCAAAUGAAUCAGAUGAACCCACAUCCCAUAGUAAGGACUGCAAACUGGAUGUUGUGAGGAUAGCUUGGGUAGCUCGAUGGUUGCAGUGCAUGUAUAGAUGUCUCGAGCAAGAGCGAAAUAGCAGUCAAGAAAUGCUUGAUCGAAUUCGUUCUCUCAGGGUGAUUCCGUUAACAGAUGGCACAUUCGUAAACCUGAAGGAAGACUCCAUUUUCCUACCGCUGUCUUUGCAGAAAAUAUCCGAGGAGGCUAUUCCAAAGGCCAAGAAAGGUAGGUCCAUAUACAGAUUUCAUCACAUAAAAACGGUAUUGAAAGUAUAAUCCUUAAAUUUGCGAAACUCUUCACUUUUUGUCUUAAAUGAUUUAGCUUUUUAUUUUGGAAGAAGGUGGCACAAAAACCCUGCAGAUUACGGCUCUUGUCGAGUUAUCUUGAGAGAUUCAAUGUACUAGGGAGACCGAAUACCAAUACUCAAAUGAGUAGUACACCAAAAGUAAAUCCAUGCCCUGGAAAGCGGCUUGAUUUGCAUUAUCAGAUCAGUAAACUGGAGUAAUUGGCAUUUGAUAAAGCUUUUUCUCAAUUUCAGAAAGUAAUGUAGGAUUUCGUUCUGGUCAUAAAAUUUUUUCUGAUAUCUAACUCCAGGAUCCAAAUCUCCGGAGCAGACGACAUUCUCGGUGCUCGAGAAAGACCUUUUCACGGUUCACCCGUCUUUGUUCUCUUCGCUGGAUGAUAUCGGUCGUUCUCAAGUUGAACAACUGUUGAGAAGUUUAGGAGUCAAAGUUUGGAGCCCCAAGGAGCUUGUUAACAGUCACAUAAUCCCAACUUUCAAGUCAGACAAGUGGAAGGUAUUAAAUUCGCACUGUACUUUUGGCAAUGAUAAAUGUUCAGGCGAGAGUUAGAGGUUAACGGCAGUCUCACGCUGUUUUAUUGGCUCUAGUUUUCUAAUGCAUGUAAAGAAUUGGUUUCUUGAAUAGAAAUUCAUUACUCGUAGAUAUCAUUUCGUAGAGGCUUCAGAAUUUUGAAAACUUUUGUUCAUCUCGAUACCUGAUAUCGUGUCCCAGAUUAUUUUUCAAGAGACAACAAGGAAACUUUAGUGCAAUCUUGAUGUGGGCUGUCAGUGUAAUAUGAUUCCAACACGGAUGUACUUUUUCUGAUUUACAGUCCAGAUCUAAUGAAGUGUUGAGAAGCUACUUAGUGUACAUCUUGGAAGAGCGUUUGAAAGACCCUUCUGUGUGUGAUAUGGAUGAAUUAAAGUCCUGCGUACAGAUUUUAACGAACAAGGGUGUUUCGAACCCAACAACAACGUCGAUCCAUUUCACGCCCAAAUAUGGAAGCAUAAUUGACCUCGCUGGCCGGUUGCCCAGUAAGUCGCCUUUUAUUUACCUGUGUUGCCCCACAGUCGUGCUCUUGCAGGUGUAAAUCUGGGAUGAAUUUCACCAUUUUGCUGCUGUGAAAGUAGUCGUGAGACGUCUAUUUUCCGCGGGAGUGACUGUUUUGCUGUGAUGUUAUCGGCUGACUCAAGUAGCGUGAGUUGUUCAAUUCCGAUCCAUCAGAAAAGUUUAGUCGUUCUUUUUGUUGGUUUGUUGCGUAUAUUUCGUUAAUAAGUCUUUGGUGUGGUACUGGUAGCUGUUGACAGCUGUUGAAAGGAGUCUAAGUGUUUAAAGUAAUGGAGCAGCUUUCCAGAGUCGUCAGAGUGAUGAUGACUUCCGCUAGGAGUAGCGAAACGUCAGCCACUCCUAUGAAUAGCAGUCCGGCUCAGAGCCCCUUUAACCCAGACAAUCAGACUUCACGAUCAAAUGUUACUCCUGAGUUUCAACCGUUUGCUGUGUUGCUGUGGUACAUUGCACUUGAUUUGCAGUUCCCUUGAAAAGGAAGGUAGAAAUUAAUUAAAUGUGUAUUUUUUCUUCUCCAUUUAGGUAUUUCGUGGACUCUUAUUGACGAAUCAUACUUGGACCGGUAUGCAGGAUUGAAAGCUCGUUCAACGGAUUGGAAAGAAUUUCUUACCAAGCUCGGUGUCAAACACUUUUUGGCCAUUAAAAAGAAACAAGUAAAGAUACAUCGAGACACCAUGGUACGCUCCUAAAUCUUUAUCUCAGUACCCACCUGGUUAUAAUUUUUUUUUACCGAAUUGUUUUUAUUUUAUAACAGUAACAUAGCACUUAAGUCUCUCAGUUUCAACCCAGGAGGUGCAUCUUGGAAGUAUGCCGUCAGAAAAAUAAAUAGAAAGUAUGAAAGGUAUAUGCAUGGUUAGGACGUUCAACCGAAUAUCUCCUUUUUUGUUUUCUUCAGGCUAAGUCACCUUGGGCGUCCUACGAAAAAAUUUGGCAGACAACUCCUGAUGGCUUUUACAUUAUUAAUGACUGGGCCUGCGAGCAGUUUGAAGAAUUUCUUCAAAAGAUUGACACCACUGAUGCAAAGCAACAAAUCAGUCCCGAGGAGUCGAAGUUCUUGGCUCAGUGUAUAGAUGAACGUUGGGAUGACGAGUACGCACAAUAUGCUGAAGAAUCCGUUCGUGUUGAAGAUACAAACGGCCAUAAUCUCAAGGAAACUCGAUCUUCCUUCUACCUGAAUCUUAUCACCCAACCGUGGAUGGCCUCUACCACUGGAGGGAAAGACUUCCAUCUUCCAAGAGACCUCUUCGUGCAGAGUGAAAUUGUUUAUCAGCUUCUUGAGAACCAUGUAAAGUACGUCGCCGCAGAUUUAAAGAGUUUUUCUUUCAAAGAAAUUCUUCGAAUUCGAGAAAAUGUAGGCGUGGAUUGGCUGAUGAAUGAGAUGAAGAAGUGGUCCGGUGGCGGCUGCCAAUGGAUGGAUGGAAAUCAACGAAAGGAAUUUACGACUUCAGUUGCGCACAUGAGCAGAGUGUACUCCUUUCUUCUUGAGAAAACGAAUCACAGUGAGGUAGAAAGGAGGAAAAUAUGUGAGGCAUUUUUAAAGAAUGAGAUGAUAUUUGUUCCACAUCGCCCCCCAAGUCAGCCCCAGUCAACACGUCAAUCAGCUGGAUUUUUUUAUCUGAAUAAAGACGUUUGCUGGACAGAUCCAACAGAUGUCUCUUCGAAGCUUCUUAAAGAACAAGACAAGAAGACCACAAGGCCCUUAUUGGAAAUGUUCUAUGGACGCCAAGGUACUCAAGAAAGUCUCGCAACCUUUUUUGUCGAUCUUAUCCGUGUCGACGCGACACCUACUGUGGGUGAGUACAUCAAAAUGGCUUCAACUGUUGCUGAAGUUUCUCGUUUUCCCUCUCCGACUUCCUUGAGCGAUAUGUUGAAAAUCUUUGCAACUUUGGGAAAUAAAUGUGUCGGACGCGACCAUAAUGACAGCCUGCGAUUUGAUCAACAGAUCGACGAAGCUAUGGCUAAUUUUUUGAAACAACACUUACAAGACGACCAAAAAUGCAUUUUCCCCACAGCAGAUAAAUGGGUUGCACUUACUGACAAGCCACUUAUAGUUGACGAUAGAAGUCUCUUGAAAAUUUUCCAGAAGGAAAAAAGUGUCCACUUUCUUGAAUUCAAGGAUUUUUUUCAACCUCAGAAGCGUGGAUCAUCCAAACAUGGGCCUCCAAACGAACAUGAAUUAAGGAAGCACUAUGUUUCCUUGUUCUUGAAGACCUGUGAGGUAACAACGUUGAGUAAAUGCAUUAAGAAAGAGUUUACCCCUGGCGGUUCAGUGAAAUACCAGUGCGUUCCCGUGCAGAAGCAUUUCCACCAACUCAUUCCAUGUGUGCAACGUUUCCUAUACUCUAGGUAUCAAUCAGAAUACCAGGAAUUGAGCAAUCAAGGAUUUGCGCAGAAACUGUCGCAGAUGAAAUUUGCCACCGUACCAAAUUUGGCAACCGUUUAUUCGUUGUCCACACACCCUGACGUUCAUGUUCACCUGGAAGAGAAAUCUGGCAUAGAAGAAGCAGGAGACAUGUACUGUCUCUAUGUCGCACAAGAGCAUCAGGAUAAUUUAGAAGUCCUAAAUGCCGAGAUAAUAAAGCUGUUGUUUGGAGGGAAAAAACAGGGUGCUUCAGACCUCAACAACUUUUUGGUUGCUGUGAAAAAUUACAGUGGGAAUGAUCUUGACAGCUACUUGGAGGAUAAGCAGGACUUGGAGCCAUUACCGCAAGACGAAGAACAGUGGAUCGUUCUACCUCCUGAGGUACCCAAAAUUGUAAUGGAUGAAGGUGAAGAGGCAGAGAAUGAAGCAGUUCCUUUACAUAAGGAAACCACUACUCCAUCCAGGUCAGGCGACGAUGGUCUUCAUUCUUGGCCACCAAAAUCGUCUGCUCAAUAUGACAAGGCUUUUAAACGUGAAGGGGAUCCCGGUGGCAAACCCAUUCUAAAGACUUGGCCCUUGCCGGAGCCUCCUGAAACUAUAGAAAAGCCCCUUAGAGAAGAGAAUCAAGAUUAUUUGGUUCAGAGACCUACACAACGUGAUAUUAAUACCACAAGAGCGCCAGAGGGCAUGUCGGAAAAGCCCCUGAGGGGAGAGGAUAGGAAAACGGUGCAGGAUAAUCCUGGUGCGGUCGUCCCUAGACAACAGCGCACUGAAAACGAUGCACAGCAACCACCUGAGGUAAUCGUUGAAGAUACUUUGGUGAACAACCAGCAGAUAAGUUCUCGUGAAACAGCAAGCGAUUUGUGUCCCAAUGACAAUGAAAACCGUCAGCAAAAUGCAAAGCUUGUGGAACCCCCUCCACCCCAGGUGCCCAUACCUGGGGAGAUAACUUUCGUAACCAUUCCUGGCGAUGAAGCGAGGCUAACGUCUCCCAGCCGCUCCUAUGUCCGGUUUGAUGGAAGUCCUUCUGAAAUUGACUUCGAAGAUCUUCAAUUUAAUGGUGAUCAAAGGAUCUUGGAGCGGAUCCCGCUGGUGGAUAACCCUAACAAAGAAGACAUUGGUCGUUGGGGAGAACAGUGUGUGUUUGAGUUUCUCCAGGAGCAAGCACGAAGCUUCCCUCCUGGUUCGUGUGAAAUUAUCUGGAUGAACGAAAACGAGAACACAACCACGCCGUACGACAUUGAAAUUCGACAACAUAUCUCAGGUGUUAAAGAGAGUGACAAACGCACUGUGGUAACGUUCGUUGAAGUGAAGACCACUUCCUCAGAUCAAAAGGACUCUUUUGAGCUGUCCGUUCCGGAACUUCAAUUCGCUUUGAAGCACCAAGUCGCCUUUCACCUUUAUCGCGUUUUUAAUGCAGGCAAACCUGAUAUUGUUCGAAUUCGCCGUUUGCAAAAUCUUGCUACCCACUUAGAAAAGAAGACCGUAAAACUGUGUAUGGUUAUCUGA